AUGCAAACAUUAGAAUUAUUUAACUUAUAUCCAGGUAUGCAUUAUAUGCAAACUUCGUUUGUUCCACUAAUAGCACAUUCUAAGCAAUUACUUGAUUAACAAUCCUCUUAUUAAGAACAUACUUGUUAUCCAGAAGGCAUAAUGAUCAAUGAGAAACCUUAUAAACAAACUGAGCAAUUCUAAGAAUCUUAGCAUUAAUCACAAUUUAAAACGCAAUUUGACCACAUAUAGAUUUUGAAAAAACCAUAAUUAGAAGGUAAGUUAGAGAACUGCAAAUGA